AUGAAUACAGUUCUGCCUCCAGAGUGUUUAGAAAAAAUUUUUUUGAAUCUGUACAAUCCCGCUUCUACCAAUACCAUCACAACAAAAGAUUUACAUGCUUGUACAUUAGUUUCUCAUUAUUGGUGUCAAGUUUCAACGCCACUCCUGUAUUCUUAUCCGUUUCAACAUUUCCCUAAUUUAAAUAAAAUUAAAUCUAAUCAUAAAGAUGUUCAAGAUUAUUAUAAAUUAAUUAGAACGUUAUUAACUUGUAUUCCGCAAUCUGAAAUAGAAGAAAUAGUUAAUUCCAAACUAUUACAAAAUGAACCUAUCUCUUUUCCUUUAAAAAGUUCACCAACCUUUAAUUACGGUACGUUUAUUCAUGGGUUACAAUUAGAUUCUAUACUUUCAGAAGUCCUUAUUGACCAUAACAAGAUCUGGAUGCCCUCUUACAUUCCCAAUGACACGAUUUCACUAACCUCUGAAUUAUGCUACUCAAUAAUCAAUCACCUUGUAAAAUAUCUAAGUGAAUUUUGUAAUAAUUUAACAAUAUUGGAGAUCAAACUAUUUACCUUGCAUGACAAAAAUGUUCACAUUAAACCUAUGGAAACAAUGUUAAAUUAUUUCUUUGAUGAUUCCAAAGAAAACAAAUUAACCGGUUUAAAACAUUUAUAUUGCGCAAUUUCUGGAAAUGCUAGAACUCAACUUAUGACAAAAGAAGUAUCUAAUUUAUCAAAAUUCUACGUUAAUCUUUCCUCGCCCACCAAAAACCUCGAAUCACUUCAUAAUGGUAAAAUCAUUUCUCUUGAACAAGCUAAUGCACUAUCCUCACUAAUCUCUUCGCAAAAGAGAUUAAAAUCUAUCACAUUAUCAGAAGAAGAUUUUCUUCAUAGUUUUAUUAGAACCGAUAAUGAUCAAAUAUUUGAAAUGUAUAAUGUCGUGUUUAAUACAUUAAUUACGCAAAGUGUAUGGUUGGAGAAAUUGGAAUUUACUUUGAUUUCUUUUCAAUAUAUCAGUCAAGAAUCUUUAGAAUCGUUAUGCUCACUUAAAAAUCUUAAGGAAUUGAAAAUAAAGAGUUGCAAUUCUCUUGAAAAGUUACAAGUUUGGGCGAAAUAUUUGUCAAGACUUGAAGUUUUUGAUUAUACACCAAUUAUUCAUCCUCAAUUACAUAUUGAUGCAGAUUGGUUAAAGCAAAUCUUUCAAUAUACUUCAAAUAGUUUAAAAAAAUUAGUACUAGAUUAUAAGCGAGAAUUUGGUCAAGCUUUACAAUUAACUAAAUUAAUUGCCCUUCAUUUACAUUCCCUAAACCAUUUAGUACUUCCAAAAUUAUAUCCGACCGAAUUAAUCACUAUAUUAAAAUCAUGUACAGAAUUGGUUUAUAUCAGCAUUGGGUUAUUAGAAGGUGGACAGUGGGACCAAAAUUUACCAAGCAUAGGCAAAUUAAUUCCUGUUAGCGUACAAAAAAUUCAAUUUAGAGAGUUUCAUCCUAUGGUAGUGAAUAGUAAAACGUUUGAAAAUUUUUUAAAAGGGUGCAUCAAUAAAGGUGGCCAAUUACAUUCUGUAGAAAUGACUGGGAAGUACAAGUUAGAUCAAAAAUAUAGUGAUAUCGCAAAACAAUUCGGUGUGAAAGUAUUUUGUUAG